AGAGAGAGAGAGAGAGAGAGAGAGAGAGAGAGAGAGAGAGAGAGAGAGGUAAAUAUGAUUAAUCUGUCAAAGGACAAUUUACGUUCGGGAUGAAACUGCGCUGUGACGUCUAGAGAACGACCGCUGUCCCCGUUCGGCUGAUGCUCCCCCCCACCCCCACCCCGAGCAGGUGCUGCUAGAACCGACCGGACUCUCCAGAACCCGAACCCUCCUCGGGCUCUCGACGCUUCGCCUCCGCUGCUCGAGCUGCGCGUGAUUUCAGCACCGGACAGCGACCGAGCGGGAUACGGAGAGUCCGGUCUGACCCUCGCCUGGCUCGGGGCGCUGCGCGGCUAGAUGACUUCACCAUAUCAACAAGCACCACGGUAGUCCCGGACUAAUAUAGCAGCACCACGUCCCCCUCCCUCCCCCCGCCUCCCUCCUCUCUCCAUUCGCUGAAGCCGACUCCACCGACCAAAGGCACCAUGGGAAAUCGUGGCAUGGAGGACCUGAUCCCGCUGGUCAACAAGCUGCAGGAUGCCUUCAGCUCCAUUGGCCAGGCCUGCAACCUGGACCUACCGCAGAUCGCGGUGGUCGGCGGGCAGAGCGCGGGGAAGAGCUCUGUGCUGGAGAACUUUGUCGGCAGGGACUUUCUGCCUCGUGGAUCUGGGAUUGUCACCCGCAGGCCUCUGGUUCUGCAGCUCAUCAGUGCAAAUGCUGAAUGGGCAGAAUUCCUCCACUGCAAGGGCAAGAAGUUCACAGACUUUGACGAGGUGCGUCAGGAAAUCGAGGGGGAGACCGACCGGGUCACAGGGGCCAACAAAGGGAUCUCCCCCGUCCCCAUCAACCUGCGGGUUUACUCCCCUCACGUGCUGAACCUGACCCUCAUCGACCUGCCUGGGAUAACCAAGGUGCCGGUUGGAGACCAACCUGCGGACAUCGAGCAGCAAAUCAGAGACAUGAUCAUGCAGUUCAUCAGCAGAGAGAGCUGUUUGAUCCUGGCUGUCACUCCGGCGAACACCGACUUGGCCAACUCGGACGCCCUGAAGCUGGCCAAGGACGUCGACCCGCAGGGUCUCAGGACCAUUGGUGUGAUCACCAAGUUGGAUCUGAUGGAUGAAGGUACCGAUGCCCGAGACGUUCUGGAGAACAAGCUGCUGCCACUUCGAAGAGGGUACAUCGGCGUGGUCAACCGCAGUCAGAAGGACAUCGAUGGAAAGAAGGACAUCAAGGCCGCUUUAGACGCUGAGAGGAAGUUCUUCUUGACCCACCCAGCCUACAGACACAUGGCUGAAAAAAUGGGCACCCCUCGCCUGCAGCAAGUGCUCAACCAGCAACUGACCAACCAUAUCCGGGACACCCUGCCAGCUUUCCGCAGCAAGCUGCAGGCCCAGCUGUUGGCUCUGGACAAAGAGGCAGAGGAAUACCGGGGAUACCGACCCGAUGACCCGUCCCGCAAGACCAAGCAGCUGCUGCAAAUGGUGCAGCAGUUCUCUGUAGACUUUGAGAAGAGGAUUGAGGGUUCAGGGGACCAGGUGGACACGGUGGAGUUGUCAGGAGGAGCAAAAAUCAAUCGCAUCUUUCACGAGCGCUUCCCCUUCGAGCUGGUCAAGAUGGAGUGUGAUGAGAAGGAGAUGCGUCGUGAGAUCAGUUAUGCCAUCAAGAACAUCCACGGCAUCAGAACUGGACUCUUCACCCCAGACAUGGCCUUUGAGGCCAUUGUGAAGAAGCAGGUAGUGAAGCUGAAGGAGCCUUGCAUCAAGUGUGUGGACAUGGUGAUCCAGGAGCUGAUCAACACCGUACGCCAGUGCUCCAACAAGUUGGAAUGCUUCCCGAGACUUCGCGAGGAAACCGAACGAAUUGUGACCUCUCACAUUCGAGACAGAGAGAGCCGGGCCAAGGAUCAGGUUCUGCUGCUGAUCGACCUCCAGCUCUCCUACAUAAACACCAACCACGAGGACUUCAUAGGCUUUGCUAACGCUCAGCAGAGGAGCAGUCAGACUAAUAAGAGCCAGAGCUCAGCAGGGAAUCAGGUGAUCCGUAAGGGCUGGCUGACCAUCAACAACAUCAGCAUCAUGAAAGGAGGAGCCAAGGAGUACUGGUUUGUGCUGACGGCUGAGAGCCUCUCCUGGUUUAAGGAUGACGAGGUGAAGGACUUCAUCAAUGCAGAGCUGCUGGCCUGCCUGUACUCUGCAGGUGACCAGAACGCCCUGAUGGAUGAGUCCCAGGAACAGGCCCAGAGGAGGGAUGAGGUGCUGAGGACCCACCAGGCCCUCAAGGAGGCCCUGGCUAUAAUCGGUGACAUCUCCACCUCCACCAUCACCGUCCCUGUUCCUCCACCUGUAGACACGUCCUGGGUGGGAGGAACCAGCGGUGGUCGCAGGUCUCCGCCUCCCAGCCCUACGGCUCCCAGGAGGAUGUCUUCGGGCCAGCGGCCAGCUCCACGAGGGGCCCCACCACCACCAAACCGCCCAGGACCACUAGGACCCUUCAAUAACAGUGCUGAAAGCCCUCAAGCUCCCAGUCGCCCAAACAGGGCCCCUCCCAACAUCCCUAGUCGACGGCCUCCGCCAUCUCCUACAAGACAAGCUCCACCGUAAUCAUCUGGGCAGGAAUCCUUGUACCCAUACCACCCCCACCCUAACCCCUACCUAGCCAUGGCUCUGGUGUCCUGGUGUCCCCCUUUUGUGAAGACAUGGAGGUCUUUGACUCCUUUGACCUCAGUAUUCUGCCAGGUGAAGACGUCCAUUAUAUCUAUGUACAUUAUGGUUCUUGUCUCGUGGUGUAUGUGUAUGUGCGCUUGUUGCUCGCCUGUGCCCCAGGUUUGCUUAGCAGGUCCACUGCUCCGUACCCCCACCCUCCCACGUCGCUGCUUCCACAUGACAAAUAUGCUCAGCAGUCAUACUGCUCUACUCAUUCCAAAAUGCAGCAUGGUACAUACACUGCUCUUAUUGCAUGGGAGUGUGUGUACGUAGUGUGUGUGUGCCAUUUUGUGUGCGUAAGUAUUUGGGGGAGGGACUAAUUUGCCUACAUAUAGGCAGUUUAAUUUAGUAUUGUAAUAAUUUAUUGUACAACGCCCCUCCAAGUGUUAAUUAACAGCUCAACGUUCUCUUAGGGACAAAAGUUGUAUCUUAGUAGAAGUGUGUACCGUAAAUCCUCUAAUACAGGCCGGGCCUGUAUUUGACUCAAGCACAUCAAGCUCCAGGCCUUUAUUGGAAGGAGGACCAGAAUUAGAGGCAGGCCUCAAUUUCUAUUUGAGCAAAAUGAAAUAAUGGUUCGCUGGAGUUUUUGACAAUUAAAAUUGCGCCCACAUUUGCAGAGUUAAACACGUUUCUUUUAACAACGGUAGUUUCUGCUUCAGCCCUCUCCCCCCCUCCCCCUGCUUCAGCCCUCUCCCCCACAAUAAAAAACCGGCAAUUAUUCACCUCCGCCGACUCCGACACCGGCCAAAAUAUGAUACCCGGCAGUUAAUUAAAUACAGGCUAAUAUUAGAGGAUUUACGGUAUAUACGUUUCUCUGUGCAAAUAAUAAAGUGUGUGUUUGUGUGUGUGUGUGUGUGUGUGUGAGAGAGAGAGAGAGAGAGAGAGAGAGAGGACACAUGCAUGUGCUGUCUUUCUGCAUGUUUGUCAUCAUUUAUGCUCUUUCAUGGUGGAAGCUGUUAAUGCUGAGUCAUGAAAACUCUGCAGGCUCAAGUUAGUGUUUGACUUGAGUGAGCUGUUUUGUGUGUUGUAGUAGCAGUCACACACACACACACACACACACACACACACACACACACACACACACACACACACACACACACACACACACACACACACACACACACACACACACACACCACAGCAGGGCUGAGGAGCACCUUCAGUACUCUCUAUAUGGAUAAAACAACCUCGAUAAGACGUUUCACCUCGUCAUAGGCGUCCACCUGUGGUGUAUCGAUGGUCAAAAUGUGGCCCUCAAGCUCUGAUUCAGAGGCUGAUGGACCAGAUAGACGUAAAAGAUCAAACGAAAGAAAACAUUAGUUUGUUCAGCCCUUCUCUUCCCCCUCAUUCUUCCUCAUUUGGAUUUUUAUCUUUCUCCGUUCGGACUGGAGUCAGCCUGUCAGCAGCUGCAUCAGAGCUUGAGGUUGUAUUGUCGAUGUUCAAGUGCUUCUCUGUCACUUUGUUAUUGUGUAUGUGGGCCUAAACUUUGUUCUGGUGUAUAUAGGUAAUGAUAAGGAGACAGUGUACCUGUGGACUAUUAAGACCUCAUCAAGAAAACUAGCGCUUUAAUCGUUCUCUGUGUCUCUAUUCACUAUAAGCUCUCUUCACCCUCGGUUAGACGGCCUUACUGGCACCAAUCGCAAUUCUUUAUUGCCAAAGUUAUUCAGAAGGAGAUCAGUAAAGUUAAAAUAAACGAAGAAUCAGCUGACGGUUUCAGUAAAUGUGAAAAAAAUUUAAUGAAAAAGAAAGUGUUGAAUCUGGGAAAUGCAUCAGUUGCUAUUUUCUGUGUCUGAAUCGCUCCUCAAUAAACUACUUCCUCAUA